CCGGUUGCACCCACUGGGCUGGAGCUCGGUUUUUCUUUUUCUGUUUCUUCUCCUCUUCUCAGGCCGGGACAAGGUGUCGCGCAGGGCGGGCGAGGGCAGCCGGUCUCGGGCCGGGCCCUGACUGAGGUGGCGGGGAGUGGGCCGCGCGAGCCACAUAUGAGUGGAUGGAGCCGGGCUCUGCGCUGCAGCGGAGGGGGCCGGGGCUCGGCGGCGGCGGCGGCGGCGGGCUGGGCUCGGCCGGGGUCUCUCCGGCGCUAUCGGGGCCUCAGGCCCGCCGCAGGAAACAGCCGCCGCGGCCGGCCGACUUCAAGCUGCAGGUGAUCAUCAUCGGCUCGCGUGGCGUCGGCAAGACCAGCCUGAUGGAGCGCUUCACGGACGACACUUUCUGCGAGGCCUGCAAGUCCACCGUAGGUGUUGAUUUUAAAAUCAAAACAGUAGAGCUAAGAGGAAAGAAAAUUAGAUUACAAAUCUGGGACACAGCAGGUCAAGAAAGAUUCAACAGCAUUACCUCAGCUUAUUACAGAAGUGCCAAGGGAAUAAUAUUGGUAUAUGACAUCACAAAGAAGGAGACAUUUGAUGAUUUGCCAAAAUGGAUGAAAAUGAUUGAUAAGUAUGCCUCAGAAGAUGCAGAGCUACUAUUGGUUGGAAAUAAGUUGGACUGUGAAGUGGACAGAGAAAUUAGUCGACAACAAGGAGAAAAAUUUGCUCAGCAGAUAACCGGGAUGCGUUUUUGUGAAGCUAGUGCCAAGGAUAAUUUUAAUGUGGAUGAAAUAUUUUUAAAACUAGUUGAUGACAUUUUAAAAAAGAUGCCCUUGGAUGUAAUAAGAAAUGAAUUGUCCAACAGCAUCCUGUCCCUACAGCCAGAACCAGAGAUUCCACCAGAACUGCCUCCUCCAAGACCUCAUGUCCGUUGUUGCUGACUUGCUAUUGCUUACCCCAGAGUGGAAAAGAUGACAAGCAAAAAGAAAGGGGGAAAGCUGUUUCAUUCUGUACUACAAUCAUAUGGCAGUUGUUUGUUGCACUUUGAUUCAGAGUCAGAACUACACACUAAUUUGUAAAUAUGCAGAUAUGCAAACUAGAUAGGAUAAGGCUGUAACUGUUUAAAUAUUGCUCUUUCCACACCUUUUUUUCACUUCUCUUUUCUCAGCCCUAUAAAUAUUGUACAAUUUGGUGGGAAACCGAGGAUGUAAGAAAUUAAAUGCAUACUUAAUUAUUCUCAACAUAAAUGUUGUAAUAGUCCUCAAUAUAAACAGAAUCUCUUAGUAUAUGGUGCUUUGAUAGCUUUUUAAAAGAAAAUAUUUUAAAUUUCAACUCGACAUAUGUAAAGCUUUCUAAAGCAGCAUUAUCCCUUAUAAAUUCAAAUAAAUUGCUGGUAAAACACUUAUGUGUAUAAUAAUUCAGAAGUAAAUUCUUGGUCACUGGGCUCCUGGGUUUAUUCUAGGGUAGGGAUCGAUAGGUUUGAGUGCAGUCCAUCAAGUAUCAUAGUAGACCUCAAAUCAUUUCAACAGGUGAUUUCAGGCAGGUACUACAGAAGUGAAGAGGGGUGGUAGAGCAGAAGGAUUGAGUUCUGAACACACAGGCAAUUAGUGUCAGCAAUGUUUCUUUAUUUAUUAACUUUCACCCUAGAUCAUUUGUAUGUGUGAACCAAGGAACUGUGUUCUGUGUGGUUUUUAAAGGAUGAAUUGGCACCUUGACCUAAUUAGUGUCCUCAAACAUAAAUUAAUGAGCAGUCAGAUACUGUAUAAAACAGAGAAAUAUUUGCAAAUUAUUUUUAAAAAAAGGUUUAAGAGUUACUUCUUCUGUCAUAGAUAAAUUUGUUUAAAGUUAUUUUUAAACUUUCCUAUGUUAUAAGGAAUAAUGUAUGUUUAUUUGUCUUAUAUAUAAUUAACUUAUAUAUAAGUUUAUUCCCAUCAAAAAUUCUAAGCUAAAGAGGAAUUGGAUUUUUUUGUUUUUAUUUUGGUCAUAAUGAAUUUGUGAACUGUAUCUUUUUGGUAUAUCUUUAUUAAAUCUGCACUGUAUACCUUAGUUGUGGUAAACCAGUAGUUUUGUAUUUGAAUAACUUGAUAAGUCUUUAAUGUUGUGGUAUUGAAAAGCAUUGUCGUUCUAUACUAAUGACGUGCCAAUAAACUUUUGUAUUUAUGAAUGACAGUAGAAUUGCAUCUCUUACUGGAAUGCCAAAUCUCAAAUACUGUCCUCCUGAAGAUCCAAUUUUGAGAGAAAUUGAUAAAAUUAUCUCUAUAGUUGGUUAAACCUGUAUAUGUGGAUGUAUUGACUUGCAACAAAUCUUACGCAUGCUUUCUCAGUUGUGAAUUCCAUUGAAUUCAAUGCAAUUCAAUCCAUUAUCAGUGUUUAGGACUAAAACCCUAAUCAAGCUGCUAUCCUGCAGCAUUUGUUACAGUACUUUAAGAUACCGUAGCAAGAGUAAUGAUGUUUUAUCAAUGCAUGGACUUCAGUUGUAUGUACUAAGCAAUUAGUCUGAAUUCUGACUUUUCUGAAAUUUUUUCUUCAGAUUUCUGAGACAUAAAAAAGCUACAGUUUAAGUAUACAAAAUUGUUUUUAUUGAACUCAGUACACCUCAUUUAAGUCAUUUAGGUCCAAAUAAAAAAUGCACAAUUGAAAUGUAUUUCUUCUACCACAAUGUGCCUAUACAAGUGUCAUUCUUCAUACAGAUACUUUAAGGCUUUUUACCAUGAUGAUUAGAUGAAGUUUGCCAUUUUUGUACCACUGUAAACUUGUAUUAUAGGUGAUAACAAUGAAAACAGACUUAUGGACAAUACAUUUAAACUUGAUAAACAUUUAGGUGAUUUUUCCCUGUAUUUAAAAUGUGUUGUUUGCUUUCAAUUCUUGAAUAAAAGUAUAAGAAAACAAA